GAAUGCAACUCUUGCGAAAUGCAGCUGUUUAACGGAACGUUACGUUGUCUUCAAGGGCUUCAUACUGCCAAAUUCAAUGUCAAAUUUGUGGCCCAAACAUAUGGAGCGACUAACAAAACAUCCAGCUGUUUUUUGGCUGGACAACAACGACGCUAUGCAAAUACUCCAGCGAUUGCCAUGAGCUCCGAGCAGUUUGAUGCGCCUACAAGCGAUGCCAGCAAAACGCCGCUUAUCACAGCACAUGGACUUUUUGGCUCAAAGCAAAAUUGGCGCAGCGUGAGCCGAGCGAUUGCCAAAGAAACCCAUCGUCGUAUCUAUACCGUGGAUUUACGCAAUCACGGCGACAGUCCACACACGGACACACACGGCUCACCCGGCAUGACGGCGGACAUCGCCGCCUUCCUGGCCGCCAAGUCGAUAAAUAAGACCAGUUUGAUGGGUCACAGCAUGGGUGGACGUGCUGUCAUGCAUUUUGCUUUAACUAACCCGCAUCUAGUCGAUCGUCUGAUUGUUGUGGACAUUUCGCCCGUCUCCAUACCGAGGACCAUUGAUGAUAUGGAUGGGAUAAUGAGUGCUAUGCUAGAAGUCUCGCUGCCUGCAGAAUUAUCCCUAUCCGAGGGCAGACAAAGAUCGAAAAAGCAACUAUUGAAAACUGUAGGCGCUGAUUCCGUGGAUUUUAUACUGUUGAAUCUCAGGAAAAGGCCCCAAACUGGCGAAUUUUACUGGGCCUGCAAUGUGGAGGUUUUGCGUCGCAGUCUCACCGGCUUUUUGGAUUACGGACAAAAUAUACAUAAUAAGGGACCAUUCACUGGACCCACCACCUUCAUCUGCGGCACACACUCCGAAUACAUGAAUCCCAAUGAUUGGCCUCAGGUUCUUCAUUAUUUUCCCAAUGCGAGUCUACAUUGGCUGGAAACUGGACACUUGGUGCACCUGGAGAAACCGCACGAUUUCAUCAGACUUACCACAGAUUUCUUAAAUAGAUAAAAAAAAAAGUAAAUAAGUAAAGAAGCAACAACCUGUUAUAUCGCUGCAUCAGUUAGAGCGAGCUGGCAAUAUAUAGAACUGUUUAGUUAACUUA